UACAAAACGCAUGGUGCACGGCCUACCACUGUGGGAACAAACAAGGGGAGGGUCACAUGUGAGUCCCGGACGACAGGAGCCCCCCAGACUAUUCUAGGUAACUGGAAUGUACACAGCGACCUCAUGGCAAACUCCAAACUUGAGACCUCACGUCUUUCUCCAUGCCACUUUUGACUGUGUCGUCUCUGAGAAAGAAAUCCAGGAGAAAUGUAUUCGCUUUUAUACUGCUGAACUGUGCCUGAUUCAGUUCAGACUCAUCGACUUGAGUGUAAAGAACAAACAGCAUGGCUAGUACAUCAACAGAGAUCUUUCAGUUUAAGGACCAAGAGCUUCCUGCUCACCUCCUGUUUCAGUUGAACAUACUGAGGCAAGAGCAGAUCUUUACAGAUGUGAUCUUGUGCACUGAAAACAAGGAGAUCCCAUGCCACAGGAACGUCUUGGUUUCAAGCAGCCCGUACUUCCGAGCCAUGUUCUGCAGCAACUUCCGGGAGAGUAACCAGGCUAGGGUGGACUUGAAAGGCAUCGCGUCGGAAGUCAUCGAAUGUGUCGUGGAUUACAUCUAUACUGGCACCAUCACCAUUUCUAUGGAGUUGGUGUUGCCCCUGAUGCAGGCGGCCUCCAUGCUACAUUAUGGGAGGCUCUUCGAGGCCUGCUCCACUUUCCUACAGGAGCAGCUCAACCCGGAAAACUGCUUGAGCAUGAUCCGGCUCUCUGAGAUCCUUCAUUGCGAUAGCCUCAAGGAAAGAGCCAAAGAAAUGGCUGUGCGGUGUUUCUCAGAUGUAGCUGCUUCUGAAGACUUCUGCGAACUCUCCCUUCCCGAGUUAAUGUGCUACCUGGAGGACGACCGACUCUGUGCGGAGGAGGAGCAGGUUUUCGAAACGUUACUUGCUUGGAUUCACCAUGACCCUUUCUCCCGAAGAGGAGCCAUUCAUGACCUCUUCAAGAAGGUUCGGUUGCGGUACAUCCAUCCGACGUACCUCUUCCAGUUUAUCGCCAACGAUCCGCUCGUCCAGUCGUCUACAUUGUGCACCGAGAUCAUCGAGUCUGUGCGACGUCUCAUGUUUUCUGUAAGCGCCAAAUGCACUCAAGAGUUGAAGCCUCUUUGGACUACACCACGUCGCUACACGUGCCGAGAGACUUUUGUGGUAGUUGGAGGCCGGAAGAACAACGAACAGACGUCUCGAGAGGCGCUUCUCUACGAUGAACGGACACAACGGUGGCAGUGGCUUGCGAAACUACCUUUGCGACUCUACAAGGCGGCAUAUGUGUGUAUUCACAGCAUUCUGUAUGUGGUCGGUGGCCUUAGUCUUAGUUUGGUUUCUGGAGACAGUGCAGUUAGUGCCACGGUUUAUACUCUCUCACUAAAGACCAACCAGUGGAGGACUGCUGAGCCCAUGUUGGAGCCACGUUAUGCUCAUCAGUGCGUCUCGUAUCUUCACUUCAUCUUCGCUCUUGGUGGAAUAGGGCCGGAUAAGCAGAUCUCAAAUACGGUGGAGCGCUACAACAGCAUGUUUAAUCAAUGGGAGGCAAUGGCGCCGAUGCCCACGGCGGUCCUACACCCUGCAGUCGCAGCCAACGACCAGAGGAUUUACGUGUUUGGAGGCGAGGACGCCUUGCAGAAUCCAGUGAGACUGAUUCAGGUUUAUCACAUAUCACGCAACUUGUGGUCUAGACUGGAAACCAGGACAGUGAAGAAUGUCUGCGCACCUGCUGCUGUGAUAGAAGACAAGAUUUAUAUUGUUGGAGGAUACACAAGAAGAGUGAUUGCCUACGACACCAAAGCUAAUAAGUUUGUGAAGUGCACCAACAUGAAGGAGAGAAGGAUGCACCAUGCAGCCACAGUCAUCAAUAACAAACUCUACGUGACUGGAGGACGUUUCCUCAACGCCCAUGAUGUCAUCGAAGACUCAGACUGCUUUGAGUGCUACGACCCUAAAACAGACGUGUGGACUUCUAAAGGAUCGUUACCAUACAAACUGUUUGAUCACGGCUCACUUUCGCUGAUCUGCGUCUCCAACCGCCCCAACCCACCAUGACUGCUCAGAGAGCGCAACACCUCGGCUUGGGCGUCCUGUUCGCUCCCUUGCUCAUUAAGGGAAAUGAAAAAUAUGGAGCUGGAAACCAUCUGAGGAAGGUUGCAUUAGUUUGUGGGUUGAGUACAUCUCAGCUGUGGCUUUGAUGGUAUGCUGCUGGUGCUCGCCAGCAUCUGUGCCGUCUUAAAUCAAAAGAGAUUUGAGCUGGCAAUUGCAAGUGUCACAGUGGACCUCAGGGAGUGAGCCCAGGACCUCAGAGCAAAACGGCAGACUUACGCAAUGUACAGCUGUCCCUGCAGAACUGUGACCUGAAAAUCUUCAGACAGAUGUUUCUUGUCAUGAUCUCCUCUCUCAGAAUGGCUUAAGCGGCCAAAUUUUAGUGAAUACUGCCUUGUUAGCCUGAAUUUAAUUGGAAUCCAGGAGAUAUGACCAUCUUUUUAGUCAGUGUAAAAUCUACAAGCAUAGGGUGUUUGACUGUUUGAUGAACUAAUUGAUGAAGUGAAGAGAACAUUCCCUGAGAGCUGUGAUGUGCGGUCAGUUCUAUGUAAUUAAUGAAGGCCAAAAACGAACCUAAUGGAUCAUGAAAUGCUUGAUGUACCAUGGACGCUAAAAGUAUGUGGACACCUGCGUCUAAUUAACAUGGUUUACUGUUUCUGCUUCACACAUAUAACUAACAGAUGCAUAAAAUCAAGCAUACAGCCAUGCAAUCUGCUGAGAUGAACAUUUUCAGUAUGGGGCCUUUUCUGUUCCAGCAUGACAAUGGAUGCAUUUUGGGGUUUGGAAUGUGGAAAUUAACUGGGUGAACUUUUACAGAUGCACAAGGGUGAUUAUAUUGAAAUUAAAUAUGCUUUUUCAAUUUUCAUUUGCUCAGCAAAAUAAAAUGAAAUCAACUGCAGCAGUGGUUCUUAAAGGGAUAGUUCACCCAAAAAAAUAAAAACUCUGUCAUUAAUUACUCACGACGUUCCAAAAACGUAAGACCUUCGUUCAUCUUCAGAACACAAAUUAAGAUAUUUCUGAUAUAAAAGCUUUCUGACCCUGCAUAGACAGCAACGCAACUGACAUGUUCAAGGCUCAGAAAGUUAGUAAGGACGUCAUUAAAAUACUCCAUGUGACAUCAGUGGUUCAACCAUAAUGUUAUGAAGCUACGAGAAUACUUUUUGUGCUCAAAGAAAACAAAAAUAACGACUUUGUUCAACAAUUUCUUCUCUUCCGUAUCAGUCUUCGACAUGUAUUCAUGAGAGUAUCACAACCCAUGCGUGUGGUGCUGCUGACGCAGGAACCAGUGUUUUGACAUAGAACGUCUUGUAUAUAAGUAAGGCUGGGCAAAAAUUUGCAAGUCAUCUUCUCUGUCGAAAUCUUCAGACAUGUUUACAAAGACAAAAAAACACAGUUUUAUGUACAUUGUGCGUCUUCUUCUGCUUGUAAGCAAAGCACAGCGCAUCUGGGUACGUCAGACGCACCACAUGCAUGCAUCUACAUGAGGGUGAGUAAUUAAUGACAGAAUUUGAAUUUUUGGGUGCACUAUCCCUUUAACAUUCCUACUGAAAAAAAACGGCUUUAAAAUUGUUUAAAUGAAGUUCUUAGCAAUGCAUAUAACUAAUCAAAAAUUACGUUUUGAUAUAUUUACGGUAGGAAAUGUACAAAAUAUCUUCAUGGAACAUUACUUAAUAUACUGAUGAUUUUUGGCAUAAAAGAAAAGUCGAUAAUUUUGACCCAUACUAUGUAUUUUUGCCUAUUGCUACAAAUAUACCAAUGCUACUUAUGACUUAUUUUGUGGUCCAGGGUCACAAAUAGGCUGAAUCUGCAGUGGUUGGAAGAUUCAAGUUGUAGCUCUCUCAAAGAAUUCCCAGUUUAUCAGGUGUAAUUACAAGUUCUACGGGGACCUGAACCCUUUUUACAAGUUGGAAUCUCAUAAUUACGAUACUAAUGACAUUGCGUGAAUGCAACUUUAAAUAAGGGAGACAUACAAAAUUCACAUAGCGGUGGGUCCCCAGGACUAGGAUUGAAAACCACUGGCCUAUACCCUGAUAGCAUACGCACAUCAUGGAGAUGUCCAUUUGACAUCUACAUUUACAUCUGCAAGACAUAUUUUUAAGAGUGUUUGCUCAUUUGCAAUAUGACUAUAGGACGUUUCCUAUCAAAUGUCAAAUAGAUGUUUAUUAGAUGUCUUUAAGAUGUUUAUUAUUUAGAAUGUAUGUAAAACUGAUAUCUUAAGGAAAAAGGAAGGAAAGGAAACUAUGUGAUGUGUGGCUAAGUGUGGUGACCCAUACUUGGAAUUUGUGCUCUGCAUUUUACCCAUGCAAGUGCACACACACACACAAACACAGCAGUGAGAACUGAACAAACACACACACCAGGAGUAGUUGGUAGCCCAUGCUGCGGCGCCCGGGGAGCAGUUGGGAAUUCAAUGCCUUGCGCAAGUUGGUCACUCCUCCCACCUACAGUCCCUGUCGGACCUCAAGACUCCUACUCAAACCCUGCCAGACCUCGAGACUCGAACUUGAACCUGAGACUCAAACCCGCAACCUUUGGGUUACGAGUCCAGACCACGACUGCCUUAAAGAUGUCUGUCAGAUGUUUGUACACAGCAGAUGCUUUCCAGAUCAAGCGAUCUUUAAUAGACAUCUUGCAGAUGUACGUGUGCUCUAGGUCCUGUUUGAGAACCAAUAAACUACCACAUUUCAACAAUUACAAUUCCAACUUUAGAAAGCCCCUUGCAGCAGUGUUUGCUAGUUUUCGGGUCAUGAGGGCCAUGUAACACAAAAUACAAUUUUAUAGUGGUUUUUUUUUUUUUCAAGUAUUAAAAAAAGAAUAAUUUUUAAAAUACCAAAAAACUAAUUACUGGGUUAAUUAUUGCAGAAACACAGUAUUACAGUCUGUGAAAAAUUAAUCCAAAAAUUAAUCCAUAACACUAACAGGGUUAUUAACAUGGCAUGUCUGUGAUCCAGUAUAUGUUGUUUUUUACACACUGAUUCAAACUUAAUUCUAAACUAAACUAUAAAUAAAUGUGAUUAAUUCAAAUUAUGUUUAAUGGAAAAACUUAGGAUUUGAUUUUUACCUGACGCUGCUAGUUGACAAUUGCCUUCUGAGCCUUUUCUGUGACCAGAAUAUAUUGCUUGAUUUAUUUUUUUCGUCUGAUAACAAAAAGGUCUAUAUCUUUAAUAAAACUUGUCAAAACUUUGUCAAUGGACAAAACAAACUAGGUGACUAUGCUAUAUAUAAUUAUAAUUACAACUAAUAUAUACAUAUACACGCAUACACACACACUGUAUUAAUUAUUAUAUAAAUUAUUAUGUAAGUGACAUAUCAGUAGAA